AUGCCCCGGGAGCUCCGCGCAGCCCAGGAGGCCCCGGGUCAGGAGACCCGGAGCGGCCGGCGCCUGCCGACGCCAGGCCGGGCUCUGCGCCUGCAGGGCGGCGAGGAAGGCAGGCCCCGUGAAGUCCCUCCGUCUGCGGCACUUACGGCCUGCAGGGAGCAGGGUCUGCUGAGUGCGCUGGUGGGAGUCAAAGUGGCUCAUUUCUCGGGGCAACAUCCUCACCGGGAUGUUGUUUCUUUUAAGAAAUGGUUCCUUGCCACUGAAAUGGCACCAGAAGGGUAA